AUGUCUAAAUUUGUUUCCAACAGUGGAGCCAAUAAAAAUACUUGCAGAAAAGAUGUUUCAAAUGAUCCAGAUGACCCAGAUUAUGUUUUUCAAGAGGAUAGUAGCAUUAGUAGCACAACUGAUAUAAGUUCAAUUGCAAGCUCAUCAAAAACAAUAGUGUCUAUUCCAAAUAGUUCUCCUCAUCAGAGACAACAAAAUAUAAAUGAAGUGUUCAAGCAAAUUUCAUCAAUGGCUGUUGGUGGAACACAACAUAAAUGCAUAACAGAUGCAAUUGCAUAUUUUUUAUGCAAAGAUAAUAAAGCCUUCUCAACCAAAGGCUUCAGAAAUAUGGUCAACAAAUUAAAUAUUUGUAUAAAGUCCCUUGCAGGAAUACUAUUAAAACAUAUAUUGACAAUAAGAAUUAUUGGAGUCAUAGAAUUAAAUGAAUCGCAUACAGCCAACUACAUCAGCCAAGAAAUGUUAAAAUGCUUGAGUGAAUGGGAUAUUCCUAAAGAUAAAAUAAUGGCUGUUGUAUCCGACAAUGGUGCAAACAUCACAAGAGCGGUGAAAGAUUCAUUUGGCAUUAAAGAUGGUGCAGUUAAGAAACUGAUUCUCGAUGUAAGCACCCGUUGGAACAGUGUAUUUUACAUGCUUCAAAGAUUUGUGGAGCUCUCUAAAAUUAUUUCAGAAAUAAUGCUGACACGUCCAAAUGGACCAGAAAUGAUAUCAGCUAGACAGCUGCAAGAAAUAUAUGAUGUAAUUGUGGUUUUGCGUCCUCUGGAAAUGGUCACAACUGAGAUGUCAGCAGAGAAUUAUGUCACAAUUAGUAAGGUUUUACCCAUUGUUAGCUGUUUGAAUAAUGGUGUAAGUUCACAACCACCGAAGAGCGAUUUAUGUGAAAGUUUAAAAAAUGCUGUCAUUGCCCAAUUGAAUAAGCAAUUUGGUAAUAUUGAAAUAUUUAACCUUUGCCCCGUGGCCACAUUGUUGGAUCCACGUUUCAAAAAUCUGCAUUUCAAGAACCCGGUGGCCUGUGCUAAUGCCAUAAACCACUUCAAGGAAAUGGUUUCCAACAACCGCAUGAUAUUAUCGUCUUCUUCUUCAGAGGAAGACACCAGUGAAAGUGCUAAAGAAUUUAACCUCUGGGAAUACUACCAAGGACUAGCCCAUAAACGAUCUAAUUCAAGGGCGUCCAGCAGCAGGAAAACUAAUAGUAAUUCACCAUCGGAUCAACUUGUUAUGAACUAUCUGUCAACACCAGUCAGUCCUUUAAAGCAAAAUCCUUUGGAAACUUGGGAAGAUAUGAAAUCGGUUUAUCCAUUAAUUUACAUGGAAGCUCAAAAAGUAUUUUGUGUUGUUGCGACGUCUGUUCCUUCUGAAAGGCUAUUCUCCAAAGCUGGAGCUACUCUUUCCAAAGAAAGAAACAGAUUAUUGGGCAAAAGACUUUUUAAGCUGUUGUUCCUGGGGUCUAUUGAUGACUGUUAUUGGCUUGUUAAUGUAUAA